UCCAGGUCUCCUGUAUCGAAAACAAGUCGGGAUGCGGCUUCACCGCGUUGCAAGAAAUAUAAUAAAAUAAACUAACAAGAUAUUACUAUUAAAAUUAUUCCGACAGUCUAUUCUGCAGCCAGAUUCUCAGCCCUGAAAAUCAUGGCAUGUACAAGAAGACCAUAAUGAAAAUUGAUCUGUAACAAUGACGGAUUUGUCGCUAAAUAUGUGAUACUGAUCUGCCAAAGGGUGCCAGUCAUGCAUCCGAUUAUAGCUGUGGGAGUGCUGUUUACAUUCCUUAUCAUCACCCCCACAUGCUCUGCAAAUGUUCUUCUCAUCGGGAUCAAUUUAACUAUGUCUUUCGAGGACAGGGAAGCAAAUUUCGAUGGAGAAAUAUCACAUACCCUUAAGAAUUCUGUAACAGAAAGCUUAAUACCUUUCUCGACUCAAUGUGAAAAGCCUUCCUUUGUGACACAGUCAGGAGUUUGUGGAACUGUUCAAGUGACAGAACCUUUUGAUGCAUGCUCGCCUCUUGUGAACAAGUCUAUUCCUGGAGAAGAUACAAGCACUCAAUUUGCACUUAUUAAGAGAGGAAUCUGCUCAUUUGACUUAAAAGUACGAAAUGCACAGGCAGCUGGUUUUCAUGCAGCUAUUAUCUACAACAAUGAGGAUGGUGACCAUCUGAUUGAAAUGGGUGGGAUCUCUGGAGGUAUCACAAUACAUGCAGUAUUUAUUUCAAAAGUAUCGGGUCAAACGCUUCUAAAGUAUAGUGGAAACAAAAAUAUUGAAUGCUGUAUAAUCCCUUCAAGAGAGGAUACAGCAUGGACGGUGAUAUUAAUUGCUUUUAUCUCGCUACUUGCCUUAUCUGCUGUGCUUGCAAUUUGUGUCUGUUUAAGGAGUUACCGGUUACGCCGUCGAAGGCGUCGACCUCAGCGUCAUAUUAUGAGUUCUCGAGAAGUAAAAGCUUUACCCAGCCUUAUAUUCACUUCUGUUGUUGAUGACAACUGUACAUCAGAGACGUGUGCUGUGUGUCUUGAGGACUACACAGCAGGAGAUAAACUUCGGGUUCUGCCAUGUUGUCAUAAAUUUCAUGUAAUCUGCAUAGACUCUUGGCUCACCAGGUGGAGGACUUUUUGCCCUGUAUGCAAGCGUGAUAUUAAGGCCAGUAUUAGACAGCCUCCAGCCUCGGAACACACCCCACUUCUAUCUUCAAGUUCCUUAAUUUCUUCCCAUGUUUCAUCAUUUCAGGGAUCUCCAAAUGAGCAUAUAUUUUCGACUUCUAUGCCCUCAUAUGCUUUAUCCUCUUUUCACAGUGUCUCACUAAAUACACCACAAUCAUUUAGCUCCAUCCCAUUUCUGGAGGGAAAUCCUAUCAAUAUUAGAAAUGUAUCCAGACACUCAUCUCUCCAUUCGCUAUAUUCACAUCAAAAUUCUUUACAUAUACCAGGAUCAUUUAUUUCUAGCUAUGCCCCUUUUUCUAUGCCCAGCGUACAAAAUACAUCAAUGCAAAAUACUAGUUCUUUCAGUCGAACCUUGUAUAUUCCAUCUUCCAGUGACUCCUCCUCAAGUAUCUCCCCUCUUACUUCUUAUAUUGCCUUACCAGACAACUGAGGGUAGCAGAGAGUGGUUUUCUGAUGGAUUUAUUUUGUGAGUGACAUCAAAGCACCUACUGUAAUUGAUUCACGGCAUUUGUAUAAAGGAAAAUACGACAUCUCUUUAAUUGAAUUGUAAAGUAUCCUGUAUCAUUAGUUUGUAUAAAUCAUGAUUGAAUUAGAAUCAGUGGUUAGUAAAUGGGGUAGAUUUUAACAAGAGGAUUGAACUGAAUUGCUGCUUAGUCUCUUCUGGAAACUUGGUGGUAAGGGCCUCUGUGCUGUGAAUAAAUACUAAUACUUUAAUGGCCAAUAACAUAGCUUAACAGGUUUUUUUUGUUGUAUAUAAUAUGCAAUCUUUGUUCUCCAAGACUAUGUAAGAUGAUGAAAGUAUUUUGGAGGCAUUUAUUGCUAAUGUAUAUCUGUUCGCGGCCUUUCAGAUGCCAUAAAAAAUGACAUCCAAUUUGCCAACACAA